CCUUAACCUAACCAAUCUUUUUGUUCCUUGUUUUGAAAAUUUCGAAACCAUCAAAACAUGAAUUUAUCAAUAAUACGUGAAACCUUGAUAAAGAUACGAUAUUAAUACGAAAAGCAAGGAAAUCUGAUCGUUUACACUACUUUAUUAAAAUUGUAAAGUUAAUGAUGCCUGAAAACCACAAUACAAAAACCUUCAGAAAUUUUGGUAGUUUCAUGACUAUUGAAGCAUUAAUCAACUAUAGCAACUCAAAUUGAGAUAAUUGUACUUGGCCAUCAGCAAUAUGCCUACUGCAGAAGUUUCUAUAAGAAAUCUACAAAUCAUUACUGCUCUUGACUCUCUAAGCUAUGGUAUGAUAUACUGCUUCAUUUCUCCAUAUCUACAGAAACUAGGAAGUUCCCAUGUGCAUGUUAGUAUUCUGACAAUUGGACUUCUUAUUGCCGAACAACUCUCUCCAGAUGUUGCUAAAAUAUUCACUCAUAUCCAUGGUAAAAGAUACGCACUUUUCCUAAUGCUUAACACAGCAUUUAUAACGCACAUUAUAAUGGUUUUGACUGAUAGUUAUUGGUUUACAAUUUUAAUCCGCAUAUUAUUCAGUAUUACAAAUCAGUCUCAAAAUCUUUGUCUCGAACUAUUGCUUGAUAAAGCUGAAAAUGAUGAUAUGAAACAAACAUUAAGCAGAAACUGGAGUAUUUUAAGUGGAUCUGGUUUUAUAAUUGGUCCAAUUGUUAGUGGGUAUUUGUUUGAUAUUGGUUUUGGAUAUAUAGGAGUUUUAGCAGCCUUUUUAGCAUUGAUUAAUGUUUACUUAUUAAUGAGCAUAACUAAAACCGACAAGGAUUCUAAUGUGGAGCCUGCCGAUAAGUCGGUAUUGGAUAAAGCUAGAACAAAAGUUAAUAAAAACAUAAAAGAAUUUAAAAAGUGUCUAGCAGAAAAGCAUUGGGAUAUUUUAUUGCUCAAAUAUCUUUUUGCUGCAAGUGUGAUGAUAUUUUUCUCUAAGUUCACACAAAUAUUAAAACAUAAUUAUUACUCAGGGAGUAUUACUAUGGGUCAUAUAGGUUCCUAUAUAAAUUGCUUAGUGUUUGCUUCAACAUUUUUGGUUGGUGAACUUAAAACAACUAUUCAAAAAUGUCCUCUAAUUUUUGUCAGUGAAAUAUCAUUCCUGCUUAUUGCAAUUUUAAUGAUUCUAGCUUGUUAUGCUCCAUAUUUAGAGCUUUACAUGCUUUUAUUGAUCCCAAUUAUAAUAUUAAGAUCUUUUAUAAUGACUCUUUGGAAAGAACUAUUUGCUGAACGCAAAAGCGAAUCUCUCAUUACACUCAAUAGUUCUGCCAGUAUUUUAGCAGGCCUAACUGUUCCUUUAAUGUUUGGUUUAAUCUGUAAUCAAAUUGCAUAUAGAGCUGUGAUACUUUUCUCCUUUGUCCCUAUGAUCUUAUGUUGGGUCAUUAUUAAGUGGCAUUCCAAAUUUAUUAUUAUUUCGAAUGACGAAGCAGAUAAGAAAGACUUGUAAUGUUUAGAAAAAUAUAUUUAUUGUAAAUUCAGAUAAAUCAAUGACAAAAUGUGUUUUAUUUUUUACUUCUCAUUACAAAAUCCUGGAGAAAAUCUUUCCAAGUUUUGUCAGGAAUUUGCUAAGGGAGUGAAAUUGAUAAUAAAAAUAAAAAACAAACAUAAUAUAGAGAGGUACCUAAUUAACAUGCAGACAAAAAAAUCUAUCAAAAACUUUUUUAUAAAAAAAAGGGGUGUCUUAAAAUGAAUAAACUUCUUACAUUUGUUCGAUCACUUUUAAAGUGAUAAAAAUACACAUGGUAUAAUGGUAAAAAGAAUUAUAUCACAGUUAUCUUAUUCAACUAUCUCUAAACAUUAUGUACAGAAAUUUUCCCUUAGAACUUUAUGAAGUUUCUUAGCUUUCCUGGUACCAAAACCUGGACAUUCUGAUAAUUGAAACUCUGUGGCUUUAAUAAUGCCUUCCAGAGUUUUAAAUCUUGUUAGUAAAUUGAUUGCAUCAGUUUUGUUUACUGGUUUUAUAGAAGAUAAAGCUUGAAUCACCUAAAAGUAUAUUUGUGAUGUUAUUAUUUACAUAAUUAAUUAAAAUACUCACUUUUAAAUAGGGCGAAGAUUCAGAUUUACCCAUAACAUUAUCAGGUGGUUUGUUUUCAUAUAUUUUGUAAGUUUCAAGUAUUUUUCCAGCUUCAUCAGGGCUCCAAGCUAAUAUAAGUGUCAUAUUGGCCAAAAUGCAAAUUCUGGUCAAAUUUUUAAGUGCAUGAUGAGGUUCUUUAAUGUCCACCUAA